UAAGACGACGACGAAGAAGAACAAACCGGAAGAGAAAAGGGCGAACGCAGUGUGUGUGUUUAGGUGUUUAUCUGAGAAAUUCUUUCGUUUUUUUUAACCGGAGAUAAUCUCUCCUACGCCAAAAACUCAAAAUGGGGAAGCGACAGCACCAAAAGGAUAAAAUGUACAUCACGUGUUCAGAGUACACGCACUUCUAUGGAGGGAAACGAACAGAAAUCCCACAGGCAAACUUCCGGCGGCUUCCAUUCGACCACUGCAGCUUGUCCCUUCAGCCGUUUGAGUAUCCUGUCUGCACCGAGGAGGGAGUCGUCUUUGACCUGCUAUGUCAUACUCGUGGAGGAAUCUGUGGCCUCUUUGUUUUUAGGAGCAUUGUUCCCUGGAUCAAGAAGUACGGCACUAAUCCGAUCUCCGGAGAGAAACUGGAAGCAAAGUCUCUCAUCAGACUCAACUUUGCUAAGAACAGCGAUGGAAAAUAUCACUGCCCAGUCCUGUACAACGUCUUCACCAACAAUUCUCACUUCGUUGCCAACAAGGUCACAGGCAACGUCUUCUCUAAUGAGGCUGUUGAGCAACUCAACAUUAAGACCAAGAGUUUCAAAGAUCUGCUGACCGAUGAGCCCUUCACCAGAAAGGACAUUAUCACACUUCAGGACCCAACAAACCUGGAUAAAUUCAACGUUUCAGAUUUCUUCCACGUGAAGAACAACCUGAAGGUUUUGGAUCCAGAUGAGGAAAAGGCGAAGCUGGACCCGGCGUACCACCUGAAGAGCACCAACAUGGAGACCAGGGAGACCCUAGCGGAGCUGUACAAGGACUACAAGGGGGAUCAGCUCCUGGCUUCCACCAUGAAGGAGCCUGAGUCCAAGAAGACGGACAAGUUGAACGCUGCUCAUUACUCCACAGGCAGAGUCUCUGCCUCCUUCACGUCCACGGCCAUGACUCCGUCGACAACGCAGGAAGCAGAAGCCAUCGCGGACGACACCGUGCGCUACCAGUACGUGAAGAAAAAGGGCUACGUCCGUCUGCACACAAACAAGGGAGAUGUGAAUCUGGAGUUACACUGUGACAAGGUUCCCAAAGCUGGAGAGAACUUCAUCCGUCUGUGUAAGAAGGGAUACUACGACGGGACCGUCUUCCACAGGUCCAUCCGGAACUUCAUGAUUCAAGGAGGGGACCCCACCGGCACCGGCACAGGCGGAGAAUCCUUCUGGGGGAAACCUUUCAAGGAUGAGUUCCGACCCAACCUGUCCCACACCGGCAGGGGGAUUCUCAGCAUGGCCAACUCCGGCCCCAACACCAACAAGUCCCAGUUCUUCAUCACUUUCCGCUCGUGCAACUACUUGGACAGAAAACACUCAAUAUUUGGAAGAGUCGUCGGUGGAUUUGAGGCUCUCACAGCCAUGGAGAAUGUGGAGAGUGAUCCCAAAACCGACAAACCAAAGUCGGAGAUCAAGCUCAUCAGCGCGACCGUGUUCGUGGACCCGUACGAAGAGGCCGAUGUUGAGAUCGCAUCACAGCGAGAGAAGGAGCAGCAGAGGCAGGAGGACGAGCGGCAGCAGGCCAGCGUCAGCCUGAAGAAAGCCAAGGAGGAGCAGGCACCGAAGACCUUCAAGAAGGGUGUCGGGAAGUACAUCAACCCUUCCACAGUAAAACGCUCGGCGGCUGAAGAGGAAAGCGGAGCGUCCACCAGCGGACCGUCCACCAGCGGACCGUCCACCAGCGGAGCGGCAUCGGCGGCCAAGAAGUCCAAAGCCAAGAGCAGCUUCGGAGACUUCAGCUCCUGGUAGCACCGACACACGUUCAGGCCGAGCAAACUAAUUCCAUUCAGACUUCGAUUUUUAAGUUGUUGUUGUUUCUCAUUUCUCAGUAGUUUUUUGUCGUCGCCUCUUGAAACUUUAAAUUAAAGCUACAUUUUUUUCCAAA